CCCUCCCUCCCGGGUUCGCCUCCUACCUCCAGCCUCCUGCCGCCGCUGCCGCCGCCGCCGCCGCCGCCCGCGGCCUGGGCCUUUCGGCGGCCUCUCCUCCCUCCCGCUCCGGUCCUCCCCUCCCCGCCCCGCCCGGCCCGGCCCGCCGCCCGCCAUGCCGCACGCCUUCAAGCCCGGGGACCUGGUGUUCGCCAAGAUGAAGGGCUACCCGCACUGGCCGGCCCGGAUUGAUGACAUUGCAGAUGGGGCAGUAAAACCACCCCCCAACAAGUACCCCAUCUUCUUCUUUGGCACUCAUGAAACAGCCUUCCUGGGACCCAAGGACUUGUUCCCCUAUGAAAAAUACAAGGAUAAGUAUGGGAAACCCAACAAGAGAAAAGGUUUCAAUGAAGGCCUGUGGGAAAUCCAGAAUAACCCCCAUGCCAGUUACAGUGCUCCACCGCCCGUGAGUUCUUCUGACAGUGAAGUUCUGGCCGGAAGUGAUGCAGAAGAUGAUGCGGGGCUCAUGGCUGUUGCCUCAGUGACAGCAGCCAGCGCCAGUGAGAAGAUGGAAAGUGAUGAAGAGUCUGACAAGGGCAGUGAACACAGUGGGAUAAAGCGGAAAGCGCCACCAUUGAAAAUGCCAGUGUCUAAACGGGCACGAAAAGCCUCCAGUGAUCUAGACCUGGCCAGUGCAUCCCCAUCUGAAGAUGAAAACUCAGAAAGCUCAUCGGAAUCAGAAAAAAACAGUGAUCAGGAUUUCACUCCAGAGAAGAAAACUGUGUCCCGGGCUCCUAGGAGGGGCCCGGUUGGAGGAAGGAAGAAGAAGGUGAAGGUGGAUUCUGCUUCUGAUUCGGACUCCAAGGCUGACUCAGAGGAAGCUCAUAAUAAACCGAUGGUUGUGACAAAGUCUGACUCGGACUCAGACUCGGACUCGGACUCUGACAUCUCUGUCAAGAAGCCUCCCCGGGGCAGAAAACCAGCUGAGAAGCCUCCCCCCAAACCUCGGGGAAGGAAGCCCAAGGUUGAACGUGUUCCCAGCAGCUCCAGCAGUGACAGCGACAGUGACAGUGAAGUGGACCGCAUCAGCGAGUGGAAGCGGAGGGACGAGGAGCGGCGUCGGGAGCUGGAGGAGAAGCGGAAGCGUGAGCAGGAGGAGGAGCUGCGUCGACUGCGGGAACAAGAGAAGGAGGAGAAGGAGCGGAAGAAAGAAAGAUCUGAGAGGGAGGAGUCGCACCCCCACAGCGACAGCAGUGAGACCGAGCUCAAGGACGAGGAGCCCAUCAAGAAGAGGGGCAAGAAAGGGCGUGGCCGAGCCCCCUCAUCCUCCGAAUCGGAGCCAGAGCUGGAGAAGGAGGUGAAGAAGCCAUCAAAGAAGCCUCCACCUCAGUCCUUGGAGCCAUCGAAGAAAACGAACCAGAAGGAGAAACGGAGUCGCCCAGAGGAGAAACCCCGAGCCAAGCCUGUGAAAGUGGAGCGAGCCAGGAAGAAAUCAGAGGUGCUUCCAGAGAGGAGGGUUGAAAAGAAGAAAGAGCCAUCUGUGGAAGAGAGGCUGCAGAAGUUGCACAGUGAGAUCAAAUUUGCGCUGAAGGUUGACAAUCCGGAUGUAAAAAGAUGCCUCAAUGCCCUGGAGGAGUUGGGGAGUCUGCAGGUGACCUCUCAAAUUCUCCAGAAGAACACUGAUGUAGUGGCCACAUUAAAAAAGAUUCGUCGUUACAAAGCCAACCAGGAAGUGAUGGAGAAAGCAGCAGAAGUCUACACUAGGCUCAAAUCAAGAGUCCUGGGACCAAAGGUUGAAGCAAACCAGAAAACUAACAAACCUUCCUUGGAGAAGGUCAAAGCAGAGGUGGAGAGGAGUGAAGAUCAAUUGGCAGGAGGGGAGGCCCCCAAGGAGAAGACAGAGGAAGAACCUAAUGCUGAUCUCUCUGCUCCGGUGAACGGUGAGUCCACAGCCCAGAAGGGGGAGAGUGGAGAGGACAAAGAACGAGAGGAAGGACAGAAUAUGGGAGAUGGGCAGAGGUGCGGCUCAUCUGAGGACCUGCACAAUGACAACAUUCAAGAGGAUCCAGAACUGGACAGGCCAGGGAAUGACCGGCAGGAAAGAGAGAGGGUUCGGAUGGACUCGGAGUCCCUUGAUGAGGAGAGCUGAGGUUCUGGGGGUGCUGCUCCCAGCCUCUGCCUGGCCCUGGGUUUGAGCCCCUUCACUAAGUUACACAGUAGAUGAUGUAUAGGUCUUGUUCCCCUCCUGUCCCCAGGCUCCUGUGAAAGCCGAGAACUUUUGGGAGACGCUGUGCUCUUCAGUUGUAUUUGUCCCCUUGGGUUUUUUUUCCCCUCACCUAAUUUCUGUGAUUUCAAAACAACAUGAAAUGAAUAUAAAGGGUUUUCUAAUGAAAAAAAUUCAUUUUUAUUGGCUUGGUUUUCUAAUGUUGUUGGCUGCAGUGGAGACUGAAGCUGAGAGCUUGGCCAGUUUGAUGCAGGACAGGAGAAGCGACCCUGCCCCCAUUAGCAGUGAACAGCAGCUUUGAACCCGCAGCGCUUCCAACCUAGAGCCAGGCAGAGGUGACUGAAGCAGGAAUGGGGACAAGAGCCUGUGAUCUGGUGCCUGAGACUAUUGGGCUUGGAUUCCCUGGCUCUGCUCACAGCUGGAAAAGUUCAUCUUUACACAAAAGAAGAAAGAAAAUAAAAAUCUAAACUUUAUGGCUCAAAUGAGGCUGUAGUUUGAAUCUUCUCCCAUUGAACAGCCCACUGGCCAGACCAGCCAAAGUCAGCCUUUGGGCAGAUCUCGGGGACCAAAGCUGCAUGGGACAUGCAGAGCACGAACCAUUGAUCUUGGACUCAGCCUUGCUUUUCAGGUGGAGGUUGGCUGGACAGGUGGAGCCUCAGGCCACUAUGCUUUAGUAUUAAAGGGGGAGAUUAGGCCUGGGGGGGCUGCCAUUGUGAGCCCUGAGGUUCUUGGAGCCAAAUGCUGAGGGGACAUUGGGCCCCUUGAUGUAAAGACUGGAGCUGUUUCCUGUCCGCCAGGCUGGAGGUGGAGGUGCCUCUACCUGCAGAGAUCUGGGGUCACGACACUUGGCAGGACGCCCGACCCGAGCCUGGGGCUCCUCUUCACAGCCCUGGACGCCAGCUUGGGUUUGUAACCUAGGCCCAGAAGGCUUGUGGCAGGUAGUUCCUUUCAGCUGUUCUUCUUCCUGCCUGUGGUAGGUGAGGGGGCCUGGGGCUCAGUGAAUGAAUUCCAUACUGCUGUGGGAAGGUAUUUUCUGGGACCCAGAUCCAUCAUGAAGAUUUAGCUGGAAUGGAGGUUUGAUUGCCACGGGAUCUAUGGGGGGUAGUGGGCUCUGUUAAUGACAGGCCCUAACUUACGGCUGUUUUGCCCUGCUUGAAGUUGGGGAGUGGAUAUGUUGGGGCACAAAAAGAGAAACAUUAAGCCCUGCCACUAAGAAGGUGUGUGUGUGAGGCUAUCUACUGCCUUUUAUUUGAAGGGCACAGAUGAAGAAUCCACCUGACUCAAGCAGCAUCAUUUGCUUGUUGGUAAAACUACAUGUAUGCAAUAUGCAAGCUUUCCUACCAUUGCUGUGCCAAUUGUCUCUUAGGCCCCAUCCAACUCCAGAUAAGUCUAGUAGCAAACAUGACUUUAGAUGGCAUUUUCUCCUGUCCAUCUCUCAAGAGCUCAGAGGAUUUAACCAGAUCCUUUUUAUCUCCUCAGUAACCCUGGAAGCAGGAGGACUGGAGUUACCUAAAAUCCAUCUUUUUGAAGGGGACACUGAGGUUAGGCUGGACAGAACUGAUUUGUUAAAAGGUGCUUCUGUUUCUGUUAAUGGCACAACUUAACAAGCCCCAGGGCAGCAGUAUUCUACUCUUGUGGCUGCCUCUGGCCUGAGCAGUGGUUGAGAAUUUAGCAGAGCAAAUUGAUGGAGCUGCCAUCUCAGCUAGUCCAAUAGGGUCACUUGAGGGUAUGGUGGAGGUGGGAAAGUACUCCCUGUUAGCACAAAGCUGGAGGCCUCUUUCCCCAAGGGAAGAUUAGACUUGUCUGUCACUUGGUUCUGUUUCCCUCUCUGGGUUGGCUCUGCUGGUGCAGAGAUGCCACUUACACUAUGGUAUUUGGAAGAGAAGGGAGCUUCCCAGGCAGGAUUUCACCUACCCCACCCCACCCUACCCCGCCCCCGCCAGGGCUGUAUAUCAGGAUAGGGUUGGGGUCAUAAGCUUGAGAUGCUGAGCAGUGAGCUGAAUAGGUAGGGUGAGAUGUGUGGGAGGGGUUGGCUCUUUCCUAGCCUAGAACUUAAAUCACAGCCCUUACAUGGUAGGCAAGGCCUGCUUAAGUGACUGAGGCUGGAGGUUUGUGGCCCUAAGUCACAAACUCAGAGGAUCAAGACUGAGAAAUCUGACCAGAGAGCCUAGAGUAGAGAGGAUGAGUGAAAUCCACGCUCCUGGCAGGACCAGAGAGGUCAGGCUCCCUCCCUCCCUCCCCAUUCCCCCCAUGAUGAUUCUCUAGUCACUCAUGAGAGGUGACAUUAAAUCCAUACUCCAGUGGUGGUCAAAACUCAAGGAUUAUUUUGAAUGUUUUGAGGGAGACCCACACUGGAGGUUUUUAAGCAGAGAUUGAGUGAACUCUAAUGACAAUUCUUUCUCAGGCAUGAGUAAUGGGAGGCCAUUGAGGGCCAUUCCAAAUUUAAAAUUCUGUGAUUCUCAGCCUGUCCUUGGAAUUGCAGUUUGGAGCCUGAGUUUUCUUACUUGGGCCUAACCAUGGGACAUAGAGGGACCCACGAGAGAGAAUGUGCUAUAGAGGAAAGCAUUGGAGUUAGAAUCAGGACCUGGCUUUUCUCAGCCUUGCUACUUAUUUUCCCGUCUGGUUUGGGGUAUACCUUCUACUGGGGGUUGUCAUAAGGAGAUAAUAUAGGUAAAGGGCUCUAUCAAAAGGAUAAUGCUAUGCAAAUGUACAUUAUCACUUUUUUUUUUUUAUCACCUAGAAGGUGAGAUAAAGCCUCCAAGCCUGGAAGGGUAGAUUCAUCUCUACAUAGAGAGCAGAGGCUAAGGGACCCUUUCUCCCUCACCUUGUAUCCAGCUAUAUUCUGGAUCCCAAAGGCUUCUUAGGAGAUCUCCGGCAGAGUUCCUAGAUAUUA